UCUGCAUAUAUAUAUACUUUAUUUGGGAAAAAAACAGAAAGGGGCAUGAGAAAGAAAAACACUAGCAUGCCUGGCGGGGCUGUGGCAGCCCCCCCGCCGCGGCCCUGGUGGCUGACCUGACUCUGGCUUCCUCCUCCAGUACGGAGUGCUCCUGUACCAAAGCUACAGGGUCCCCCAGCAGAAGAAAGCCCUUCUGUCCUUCUCCACCCCAGUGGUAAGUAAACCUGCGACCGUCGACCGCCGAGGCCCUUCUCAGCUGCCGCACCCGCCCGUGCUGUGGACGUCUCAUCUCAGGAGGUUGCCGAGAGCAGCUGCAGAGCGAGCUGUGUCUCACACAAGCAGCGUGUCCCCCAGCAUCCCAUGUCCCAAGGGCUGGCUUUGUGGUCUCAACAGUGGGACUGCCAGGAGCGAACCCCUCUGCCAUCCCUCCCCGCAGUUCACAGUCCCCUCCGGGAGGGUCAGAGAGAUGCUCAGAAUGGCCACCAGCAGCCUUGGCUGCACCAAGGUGCCAUAGUCCCACGUUUGCCUCCCUUCAUGUCCCCCCUGAAAUCCACGGGUACGGUGAGCAUGAUGCCCGAGCCCUCGCUGCUGAGGGUUGAGAGAUCAUAGUGGGUCUUCUUGGUCCUCAGAACAUACUUUGCUUCGCAAAGGUGCAGAAACAUGCAUCCACUAAAAUGUGAUCGUAAAGGCCCUUCAGCGUCUGUUCCUAAGACACUGUGCCAUAUUGUGCCACCCAGAGAGGACCCGUGUUUCCCUGAACGGCCACACCUGAGGGAAGGAUAUGGAUGCUGGUGGGGACCGGGCUCAGUCGUGGAAUUUGCACUCCUCUGAUGCCUAGUAGCACCAGCUAGGGAGCAUAGGACAGACCUUACGGUGCACACCCCACACUCGCCAGCAGCCUCACCAGCAGCCUUUGAAUACCGAGAGGGAACUGGAACAGUUCUUAUUCUUCUUAAGAGAACCCCUAUCCAGUUGCAGCUCAAGGGCCCUUCCAUAGCUGAAUUUUCAACCAGACCCUCAAAGGGUGGGGAGAGGAAAGGGGCCAUGCCAUCUCCCUUUCCCUGGCCGUCUUUAUGGUUGUCUCGUGCCGAGGCUCCCCUGGGAGCUGCUGUGGCCUGGUCCCGUAUACUUCAAGAUGUUAUGGCCUUGUCUUUCUAGCGCAGUGUCUCUGAGAACUCCCUCGUGGCAAUGGAUUUUUCUGGGCAAACAGGAAGAGUGAUCGAGAACCCAGCGGAAGCCCAGAGCGCAGCCCUGGAGGAGGGGCACGCCUGGAGGAAGCGAAGCACACGGAUGAAUGUGCUAGGCAGCCAAAGCCCCCUCCACCCUUCUACCCUCAGUACAGUGAUCCACCGCACACAGCAGUGGUUCCAUGGCAGGAUCUCCAGGGAGGAGUCCCACAGGAUCAUCAAGCAGCAAGGGCUGGUGGAUGGGUAAGCACCUCCGCCCGUGGGGGCCGGCGUCCGCCCAGGUUUGGUUGUGUGUUGUGUGGGCAUGUAGUCCGCUCAGCUCCCCAGAGCAUCCGGGACGGUGAGACCCUCACUAAAGAGGAGAACACGUGCCCAGAGGUGUGACUGUUGCGUGGGGCUUGCCCACUAGUGUCAGAGGAGAGCUUGCCACCCAUUUCUGUCACACUCUAUUAUCAUCCUCUAUCUCUUUGUUGAAACUAAACAGACAUAGAACAUUAGCCAGUUAUUUCUAAUCAGGCCAUGGACAAAUGGGAAAAAAUAGUUUUGCUUACACUUGUUGAUUUGUGCGUGCAGUCAGCCAGCUUUUGCUGAGAACAAACAACCCCACACCUUAGGGGCUUAAAAGAACAAAGCAUGUCAUUUCUUACAACUGGAGUCCAUAGAGUGGCUCUUGUCACCUGGGCCAGCUCGGUGUGGGCUGAGAUGGCUUCACUCACAUGGCUGGUGACCGGUGAUGACUGGGCACCAUAAUGAUGGGGUGAAUGGGCACAUUUCCAGCAGCCAUGGCUGCACUCACCGGCUCCAUGUGUCAUUAAGGGCUACGAGACCCUCAUUUUCUGUUAUUCCGUCAUCAUUUCUUAACUGAAAUUCUUUCCCUUGCCAUACAUUUGGUUUCCUGGAAAAUGUAGCUAAAUACUUGAUUUCCCCUUAAUUGUCAAUUUUCAGAAUAGCGACUUGGUGUUCUAUCUUCCAGUAGUGACACAUGAGGUGGUUUUUUUAUUCUUUUUUGACUGUCAUUAUAAACUUAGAUGCUUAUGUGUUUGAUUUAUUUCAAGCAAAACAUAUUAUUCUUGACCAGUGGGAUCUCUUUCAAGUUGGUCCCUGGGUGCUGCUGACCCAACACUAAUAAUUUAAUUUCAUUGGUGACACGGUACAUUAGGCUCACAUGACACAUUUUCCCUAAUUAUUUCUCAUGGAAAAUGGUGUCUGGAGACCAUAAUCUGUAGGUCUUUUCCAUGGACAGAGGUAGGACAUAGGCUUUUCUAAACUGAAAAAUAAAUUAUGGGUUCACAUUGAAAUUGCCAAUUCAAAUUGAAAGUUGCAGGGUUUUCACUUUUUUUAUUUUAUUGCAUCUUUCUUCUCUUAUUCUGAAACCCUUACUAAUGAUAUUAACUUACUUAUU